CGCUCAGCUGUUUGGUUUGUUGGGUUUAGUGUUGUUGUUGCUGAAAAGAAGAAAUAAUAUUCGCUGUUCAAAAGAAAGAAAAAAAUCCAAAAUUUAGUGCAACAAAAAUAGAAGCGUGUUGGCAAACUAAACUAGUGGAGCGUAUAUUUGGAAUAAUUUAGAAAAAAAGUUUGUUGCACUGCAUAAUAAUAACAACAAAAACAAUAGAAAUUCUAAUUGGAACUAAGAAUUGGAACAAAACAUUUAAAGGAUGUCGGCUUUGCUGAAAUUAGCCAGAGUUAAUAAACUCAUAAGACCACUAGCCAGUCGUUGUGUUUCCGAUGCCGCUAAAUAUCCUAAAAUAACUACGCAUUAUACCGUUUGUCCUCGCGACAAAGACGAAAGAUGGAAAGAAGUCGAUAUGGAACGUUUCGUAGAUGAAGUGGAUAUUGUUAUAGUAGGUGGUGGGCCAGCUGGCAUGUCGGCCGCCAUAAGAGCUAAACAAUUGGCUGCUGAACAGGAAAAGGAAAUACGUGUUUGUGUGGUAGAAAAGUCAGCAGAAGUUGGUGGUCACAUUUUAUCAGGUGCUGUCAUUGAUCCUAUUUCUUUGGAUCAGCUUAUACCCGAUUGGAAAGAAUUGGGUGCUCCCCUAAAUACUCCAGUUGUAAAGGAUACCUUUUCGCUGUUGACACAAACCGGUCGCAUUCCCAUACCAAUUUUCAAGGGUUGGCCUAUGGAUAAUCAUGGUAAUUAUGUUGUACGUUUGGGCCAUUUAGUCAAGUGGUUGGGUGAACAGGCUGAGGCUUUGGGUGUGGAAAUCUAUCCUGGAUGUGCUGCCUCUGAGGUACUCUUCCAUGAAGAUGGCAGUGUUAAGGGUAUUGCCACCAAUGAUGUGGGUAUUGCCAAGGAUGGUUCACCUAAGGAUACCUUUGCUCGUGGCAUGGAAUUGCAUGCUAAGACCACAAUUUUCGCUGAAGGUUGCCGUGGUCAUUUGAGCAAACAAAUUAUGCGUCAAUUCAAUAUGAAUGAGGGUAGUUCGCCCCAAACCUAUGGCAUUGGUUUAAAGGAAAUUUGGGAAAUUCAACCAGAAAAACAUCAACCUGGUUUGGUUGAGCACACAAUUGGUUGGCCCUUAGAUAAGUUCACCUAUGGUGGUUCCUUUUUAUAUCAUUUAAAUGAACCUACACCUACAAUAGCUGUAGGUUUUGUAGUAGGUUUAGAUUAUCAAAAUCCUUGGAUUAGUCCCUUCCAAGAAUUCCAACGUUUUAAAACUCAUCCUAAAGUAAGAGACACCUUUGAAGGUGCUACACGUAUCGCCUACGGUGCUCGUGCCAUUAACGAGGGUGGCAUACAGAGUUUGCCCAGUAAGUUAACAUUCGCUGGUGGUUGUUUGAUUGGCUGCAGUGCUGGUUUCCUUAAUGUGCCUAGGAUUAAGGGUUCUCAUUAUGCCAUGAAGAGUGGUAUGUUGGCUGCUGAAAGUGCCUACGAAGCUAUUAUGGGAGAAGCUCAAGAAACUGCCGCUUUUACUCCCAAAUCUUAUCCAGACAAAAUCAAAGACUCCUUUAUCUGGAAGGAUUUGCAUAGUGUACGUAAUGUUCGUCCUAGUUUCCACAAUCCUUUGGGCAUGUAUGGUGGUCUACUACUAAGUGGUUUCUCUAUUUUCAUGGGUGGUCGUGAACCUUGGACUCUUAAACAUGGUCCUCCUGAUAAUAAAACCCUCAAACCUGCCAGCCAAUGUCAACAAAUUGUUUAUCCCAAACCCGAUAAUAAAAUCUCUUUUGAUUUAUUGUCCUCUGUUGCUUUGACCGGUACAAAUCAUGAAGGUGAUCAACCUGCUCAUUUAACCUUGAAAGAUGAUCGUAUACCAGUCGAUCAUAAUUUGGCUUUAUACGAGGGUCCUGAACAACGUUUCUGUCCAGCCGGUGUUUAUGAAUAUGUACCCAAUGAAGAGGGUGGCAAUAUGAAAUUGCAAAUUAAUGCCCAAAAUUGUAUUCAUUGCAAGACCUGUGAUAUUAAAGAUCCACAACAAAAUAUUAACUGGGUUGUACCCGAGGGUGGCGGCGGCCCUGCUUACAAUGGCAUGUAAAUUUAUGGAAUCCAUAAUUAAUAUUAAACAUAAAAAUAGCUUUAUAAAAGCUUGAAAAUUUUUAUAUGUAUCAAAAAAUCUAGAACCCUGUUGCAUUUCGAUAGUUUAACUAUAAAAUUUCUCCUGAGAUUUUCUUUUUUUUUAAUAUUAUUAUUGUAAAUUUGUUAUACAUUUUGAUUUCGAAAAAAAUUUUUGUAUACAAAGUAGAUUUUUGUAAGUCAUAAUGUUUAUGUUUAAAUAAAGAUUGAAUUAUUAAGUAU